UAUGAUUGAUAAAUUAUCAAUUCAUGAAAGUACAAAGCGAAAUAUCGUCAGUAAAUUAAAUCAAAACUCUACAAUUCGAAAAGAAAUCACGGAACGUGAUUCCAAGUUGAAAAAGACAGUUUCUCUAUAUAAUGUUGAUGAAAUGUCAUUCGAGGAAUUGCAAGCCUCUCUACGCAGAAUUAUGGAAAACCCGCAACAACCGUUUUCAUUUUUGGCGAGCAUCUCUGACGAAUUCACGAAUAAUAAACAGUUGUCAACGAAGCCUACGGAAAUCGAUAUGCAAUUGGCUUCUGUAGCAAAGCGUAUUGAAUCGAGUAAAAUUUUAUUGGAGAAAACUAAGUCUCACAUCGAAGACCUGUAUCUCCACACUAAACAAAAUGAUGUUUGUCGAUCGUGGAAAGUGCACGAUGUUUGCGAUGAUAAAGCCAAAGAAGAAUAGUUCUCUUAAUUGUUUUAUCCUGCAAAUUGUAUAAAGAAAUAUUUAAACAAAAAAUCUUCCAAAGAUCCA